AUGAAUCAGUGCUGGAGUGAUGAAGCUCAAAAAUUGUUCAAAAAUAUUGGCGAACAGUUCAAGCAGGCUUUUGUUGACAAUGAACGUACUCAGUUUGAUGCAGAAAUAUUCUUAUCCUUAUUUGAACAAUAUCUCAGUGAAUCCAGUACUAUCGAUUGGAGUAGGAUGAAGCCAUUAAGUUUAAAAUUUCAAAAAGAUUACGAAUCAUUGCCGCACUGUUCUGGAAAAGAAGAACGAGACGAGAUUUUGAAACAUCUGUCAGUGGUAAAGCUAAAUGGAGGCUUGGGAACAACAAUGGGCUGUGAUGGUCCUAAGUCACUAAUCGAAUUGCGCAAAGGGCUCACAUUUCUCGAUUUUGCCACCGGUCAUGUACAGCGUUUUAAUGAGCAGAACAACAGUUCUGUGCCAUUAGUUUUAAUGAAUAGUUUCAAUACUGAAAAAGCAAUCGGCGAAUAUAUGGCUAAUUGCAAGGUAAAUGUAAGAACAUUCCUGCAGAGUAAAUGUCCAAGGAUCUUUGUGAAAACUUCAAUACCUGUUCCCUUGAAGAAUGGAGGUGAAAACAUUGAAGGGUGGUAUCCACCAGGUCAUGGAAAUAUUUUCAAAUCAAUGCAUUUUACUGGUGUUUUGGAUGAGUUGCUUGCUCAGAGACGCGACAUAUGUUUCAUCUCAAAUAUUGAUAAUACUGGUGCAACAAUUGAUUUGCGAAUUGCUAAAUUAAUGGUAGAAAGUGAUUUGGAAUACGUAAUGGAAUGCACGGAAAAAACGGAAGUCGACAAAAAAGGAGGUACAUUGGUUGAGAUAAAUGGAUACAUUAUGCAUUUAGAGAUGCCACAAGUGCCCAAUGAUCGUAUCGAUGAUUUCUGUUCAACGGACAUUUUCAAAAUUUUCAACACCAACAAUAUUUGGGUCAAUCUACGAGCUGUAAAAAAGAAACUCGCUGAAAUGAAGAUGGAAAUUAUUGUCAACAAAAAGGUUCUCAGUAACGGUGAGUUUGUCAAUCAACUGGAAACAUCAGUGGGUGGUGCCAUUCGAAAUUUCGACAAUGUGUUGAGUAUUCAAGUGCCCCGCACUCGCUUUCUUCCUGUUAAGAAUACUCAGGAUCUACUUGCCAUUAUGAGUGAUUUAUAUGAAGUUACGGAAAACCUUUCGCUGCAGUUUGUCAGAAAGGACAAAGCACUACCGAUCAUCGAGCUGUCAAAACAUUUCAGCAAGGUCUCCGAAUUUCGAAAACGUUUUCGUGGGAUUCCGCGAUUACGAGAGUUAAAACGGCUGAAGGUUGAGGGCGAUAUAUAUUUUGGACAUCAUGUGGAGCUGAAAGGCAAUGUAGAAAUCAUUGCUGAUCAAGGGCAACAAUUGGAAGUAGCCGAAGGUGAAUGUUUGGAAAAUAUUAAAUUGAUGCAGACAGCACAUUCCGAGUUACAAAGAAUACCACUGUAG